UGUGUGCAUUCGCUUUGGUUCUCAUCGACGGGCCGUCUCCUGUCAGUAUUGUUUACCAAUCAAAUCAUCGUACAAUCCCGCAAUGGCAAGCAUACCGGGAGAUAAUUCGAAUAUUUGCCGAUUUUGUUUGUGCCAGGAGGAGAAGCAACUGAUGCUCAUUUCAAGAACGUUGCACCCUUCCCUAACAAUCGAGGAUUUACGAAGGUUCACUGGCAUUCAGAAACUCCCCGACGACGCAAACGGGCUCGCGAUAUGUUUCGAGUGUUUGGGUAGUCUUAAAAAAUCUGCCGACUUCCGGUACGCCUGCAUACGCAAUGAUUCCACCUUCCGUCAGCUGAGCGCGGAAGCAGCUGCUUGUAGGAAAGGGAAUCCGACGAAACCCGUGAACCACAGUGAACACAUAGUCUCUGCGGAUCCUCUGGAGUUAAAAUUUGAGAUUAUUUACCACGAAGAAGAUAGUUUGGAACCGGUCGAUGAGGACCAACUCGUACGCAGCAUUGCCAAUGAAGGUUUCUGUACCGAUGGCGCAACACAAGGGGCAGUCGAGGAGACGUAUUCAGCGAACUACAUCGAACUAGGUGAACCGACGUCAGACGCUAACGAGGAGAACGAUGCGUUUGAAUCACAUAGGAUAAUGAAUUACCGUGCUAGGACGGAUUCGCUUAGUACUAGGCGAACUAGAAAACCCCGGAAACGAAAGCCACCGAACGGUGAACCGGAGGAUUUGCCAGCUUCAUCUGUCGAAGGAAAGGUUCGCAAAAAGUACGACCGUCGGAAAGUGCUGUGCCAUUUAUGUGGCAAAACGGUAGCCGAUAUUUCGGUUCACCUUGUAAGUCAUAAACAAGAAGCAAAUCACCAGUGUCCUCACUGCCCAACUAAAAUGACACACCCCAGCAACUUGCUGCGUCACGUCGAGUCCGUGCACAUGAAGAAGAUAAUAAAAACCUGUGCAUUGUGCGGCGAAGGGUUUAAACACAUGAGUGUCUAUACGGGGCACAUGCUCACGAAACACAACAUCGGAAAAACGUACAAAUGCGAAUUGUGCUCGCAAGUGUUCAAGUAUCCUGGCAACUUGAGAGAGCAUAGGAAAAGAAAGCAUUCCACUGGCAGCGAAUGUGUGUGUCCUAUUUGUGGUAUGAUGUUUAACGACCGGGGUGUAUUAAAAAGACACGCAGCGGUACACUCAACGGACACACCGUACCAUUGCAAGCACUGCCCCAAACAGUUCAAAAGCGGUGAAGCUAAAAAAGCGCAUGAGCUGACACACAGUGGCGUCAAAUUUGACUGCAAGUUCUGCAAUAAGUCCUAUCGGUACAGAACGCAGCUCUGUACACACGUUACACGAACUCACCGGAUUAAAGUGGAGGAAAAUGCGUCGGGCAGUGACUGAGUGCUUAAGGGAAUAGCUCUAGGGUGGUGUAUGCUGUACGAUCAUUUAUGAAUAUUGGUACAACGCACUACAUUAAAGCAAAA